GAUAGGGAGGGGGGCGGAUUUCAGGAGCUCUCCACCACAAACGUGUCCUUACACCACAGGAAUAAAGCAAAUCAAACGGACGCGCAGCACACAGUUAUUCUGCAUAACUUUAAGGUUUAUUAUCUAAACCUGCGUCUUUUUUGUUCCUCACAGACUGAACAGGGAAAGUUUUAUAUCUGAGGAGGAAUACCUGCCAGCGAACGGAACGCAUCAUCCGCAAAUCGUCACACCUUCGCCUCAGCAUUUGAGUGCGUUGAGGAGAUCGGAUCUGCUUUCGGACUGCAUUUUCUUGUUUGUUUCUUUUUGGGGGUGAGGGACAAGUCCCUUGAAGUACGUAUGUCUUUCUUUUACAAAAUGAGUGUGGAUCUCUAGUCCUGUGCCCCGGUUUUCAGUAGGUUUGUGCGGAUCAUCUUGUGAAGUAGUUUUAGUUCCCGUAGACUGUUGUGUUGUCUCCUUUUUCUCUUUCUUGGAUGCUGGAAUUUAAGACUGACAGUCCCGUUCUCUUCUCAUGCCCAUGAAAACAACUCUCGGAUGGUAAGGAUUCCAGAGAAUGGUAAAUGAUCGAUGGAAAAUCAUGAACAGUGUUUCAGAACUCGAGGAUGGACAGCAGCAUAAAUCGCAGAGGAUGAGCUGUAGCUAUCUCCUAUGCACCAUCCUGCUCUUUGUUGCUGUGUUACUGGCUGUCACAAUAACCGGGAUCAUCCUUCUGAUGAACCAUUACCAAGCGCCCAGUGGCCCCGACGGCCCCCCUCUCAUCAGCACUAACCAGGAUGAGGGUAAUGCCCUGGUAACCAUCGAGAGAGGCGACGGCUCCCGCAUCAACAUCUUCAUUGACCCCAACUGCCCAGACUACAACAAUAACUUCCUGCGUCUGGAGGGCGUGCAGACCUCGCUGCUGCACUCGCUCACCGACCAUGACACUGAUCUAAAGUCAGUGAAAGGGCAAGACCGGGCUCUGCUUGUUAAACUGGCCGAGGAGGUGGCCAAGCUGUCCGCCCAUGCCAGUCAGCUGAAGAUGGAGUACAACGCAUUGAGGCAAGGCCAGGGCAACAUCGGACAGGAGCUCAGCACUCUGCAGACCGAACAGGGCCGGCUUAUUCAGCUGCUGUCAGAGAGCCAGAUCAACAUGGUGAAAGUGGUGAACUCUGUGAGCGAUGCAUUGAGCUCCAUGCAGAAGGAAACCGGAAACAUCAAGAGCCGUCUCAAGGCAGAUCUGCAGAGGGCUCCGGUGCGCAGCGUCCGGCCCAAGGGCUGCGCCGGUGGAGAAGGCUCCAGACCCAGGGAUUGCAGUGACAUCUAUGCCAGCGGGCAAAGAGAGGAUGGUAUCUACUCCGUGUUCCCCACACAUUACCCAGCAGGCUUCCAGGUCUUCUGUGACAUGACUACUGAUGGAGGCGGAUGGACGGUGAUUCAACGCAGAGAAGAUGGCUCUGUUAACUUUUUCCGUGACUGGGAAGCUUAUCGUGAAGGAUUUGGCAAGAUAACAGGAGAGCAUUGGCUUGGCAUGAAACGAAUCCAUGCACUUACCAUUCAAGCCAACUACGAGCUGAGGAUUGACCUGGAGGACUUUGAGAACAGUACCUCCUUUGCGAAGUACGGUUCUUUUGGAGUGGGUUUGUUCUCUGUUGACCCUGAUGAGGACGGCUACCCACUGAGCAUCGCAGACUACUCUGGCACGGCAGGCGACUCGCUGCUCAAACACAACGGGAUGAAAUUCACUACUAAGGACAAGGACAACGACCACUCUGAGAACAACUGCGCGUCCUUCUACCACGGCGCCUGGUGGUACCGCAACUGCCACACCUCCAACCUCAACGGACAGUACCUGCGCGGCCAGCACACCUCGUAUGCCGACGGCAUCGAGUGGUCGUCCUGGACGGGUUGGCAGUAUUCGCUGAAGUUCACCGAGAUGAAGAUCAGGCCAACCAAGGAGGAGAGUAAAUGAGCGAGAACUAGAAAACUCGACUAGAAGAGCUCAGAGAUGGCUGUAGGUGUUAGAGACACUCGAUGCAGAACGCAAGAACUUUCCGGCGACACCUUCUUUCUCAUGUUUGUUUCUAUCCAUCUUUCGAUCCCGUUUUCCCACCAUCUUGUAGUGUUUGUGCAGAUGUUUUUCUCUUGAUCUACUGUUCACAUCUCUGAAUAUUAUUACAAAACAUUGCAGGUAUUGUCAAAAAUGUACUAAUGGAAAAAAAUCGAUAGUUGUUGUCUAAAAAAAAGAAAAGAUAAAAAAAACUUCUGUAGCUGUGAAAUUUAGCAAGAACGUGUAGCUUUUCAUAAAAAUAAAGACUUUUAACUCUUCAGACAUCCGACGGAGAGAUCCGACGCAGCUUGUCCUAUGUUAUUUCCGUUCCGUGCUUAAUCAAUAACUCGUAGUUAAACAUGACAAGGUUGCUAUUGGUGUGUCCAGCCCCUGCUGCAAUGUCUGGGAGGUAACUAGAUUUUCCCACAUGUCGGGUAAAUACAUUAUUGACCACCAGAGAUGCUCAAAGAGAAUAUGUGUCACAGUGGUGGCUUUCAGAGUGAUGGGUCACUACAGGCGCAUUUUUCACUCUGACAGGUCAGUCGGUGGAAGGUUUAUCAAUGGAGAAGCAGAACACAAUAACCCUUUGGUGUUACUGUCGGAUAGAAGAGUGUUGGAUUUUAUCUUAUGCACAGUAGGUCAGAUUCACCUGAAAUCACAAUGAGAUGGAUUGACGGAGCUUAAGGCUUAAUCUUGGAGAAGAUCUGAGAGCUGAACUUGGGUUGAACUGCUUCUUUCUUUUUUUUGUUGUUGAUGUGAACAGACUCUUCUGUUUUAAUUGUCAGAUCAUCCUGCCGAUCAUUUUAGUAGCUUAUUUAGUAGCUCAUUAGUUUGCCGCCAAUGAUCUUGUGUUAAUUUAAUGCCGCUUGUUUCAGGCAAAUUGUGAAGUUUCCUAAAAUCUUUUGCUAAAAGGAAUAGUUUACCCUAAAAUGCAAGGGGUCAUGAUUUAAAUUGCAUUUAGGCAUUUAAAGCACACACAUUUUAUGAUAGUAUAAUUAAUGUUUUGCCUGUGCUUGAUUUGUUUUGGAGUCUCUUAAAAGUGUAAAAUGAACUUCAUAUACAACAGUUAUCAGAGCUGGGUAGUAACCAGUAUUGGGCAUGUUACUUUAAAAAAGUAAUUAGUUAUAGUUACUACUUACUUCUCACAAAUAGUAACUGAGUUACAUCAUUAUAAAAGUAACUAUUGUGUUAAUUAAAAAAAAAAAAAAUUCUAAUAUGUCAAAUAACUUUGAUGUCCCCAAUAUAAAAUAUGUUAAAUGAAAGAAAUGGACACUAAAUAGAAUAAAUUAUUACUAUAAAACAUUUUACACUAAUAUACACUAUUUUAAUGUUGGGACAAUGUGAGAGACGCCUAUCAAAUUUAAUAACUUAUUGUAAAUAUUAUCAACCCUCUACGGACACCUUGGCAAUAGAAUCACCACUAGCUAGUAAAUAUUUGAUAAUUUAGCAUUAAACUUUAGUAAUUACAAAAACCAUGUAUGAACGCAUAUUUGUCAUGUUGACUGAACUUAGGACUGGUGGUGGUGCUUAAGAUAUUGUUUGUAAUUUUGUGUUUCUGUAAAAAAGGGAAAAAACUAUUUAAAAAAACAGAUAAGAUAAAUCUACUACGAAAUCUACUACUAAUAACAAUAUAAACUACACCAAGGAUAAAUGAGCUGCUGGGUUCAGGAAAAUACCCUGGUUUGACAGGAAAAUACAACAAAGAAUAUUAUUUCAGGUUUAAGAAAUGUUUCAACAUUGCAUCAGCUCCUGAUGAACACAUUGAUUUUUAUUUGAAUUAUCAUUGGUUAUUUAACUAUGUAUUACUAUGUCUUUGGAAGGCUUUGGAACCUUCUUUUACCUAAUAUAUCUACUUGAAGUACCCCUAAGAUUUUAAAAGAAGUAUUUUAAUAAUUAAGUAUUGCAUUUGCAUGUUCAUUGGUUCUCUUACGUUGGUUAUGGUCUCAUGACAUUCAGGUAAACAAAUAAAAUAUUUAAUUUUGUAGUAAGUUUUUUUUUUAUUAUUUGAUUGAUUUUAAAAUUAAUAUUGAUUUAUUUAUAAUUUAACACUUUUUUAUGAUUUAAUUAAUGAUUAGUCUUUCAUUUUUUUUUUU